AUUGAAAAGUCCGAUCAUGGAAAGAGAGAGAACGAAUGAACCAAAAGCCGUCGCCGUUUAGUUGCUUCUGACUGAACCUCUGCCUCUCUUUUUUGUCUACAGAUUCUUCUUCUUGUUCAUUUUCUCUCUCCUCCUAUUUAUAUUUAUAUAUUGGCAUAUACGCACUCUCUCUCUCAAUUUCUCUCUAUCUCUCUACAUCUCUGAUCUCUAUCUCUCAUGGCGGAGUCGGUGGAGCUACCAAGUCGACUGGCGAUUCUUCCCUUCAGGAACAAGGUGUUGUUGCCUGGAGCAAUCAUUCGAAUUCGUUGCACCUCACCGAGCAGUGUGAAACUGGUGGAGCAAGAGUUAUGGCAGAGGGAAGAAAAGGGGUUAAUUGGGAUUCUUCCGGUAAGGGAUUCUGCCGAGACGACAACAGUGAGUCCCAUGUUAUCCUCAGGUGUAGGGACUGAGUUGGGAGAGCGGAGCUCAAAACCCCAAGUUGGUGUGUCAGAUUCCCACAAGGUUGAUGGGAAAAAUCAACAGGAAGUUAUUCACUGGCAUACCAGGGGAGUUGCGGCUCGAGCUUUACAUCUGUCAAGAGGAGUAGAGAAACCAAGCGGGAGGGUCACGUACAUAGUUGUCCUUGAAGGUUUGUGCAGAUUCAGUGUCCAGGAGCUUAGCACAAGAGGAACAUAUUAUACUGCACGGAUUGCCCCUCUUGAUAUGACAAAGGCGGAGAUGGAGCAAGUGGAGCAAGAACCAGAUUUUAUAGUGUUGUCUCGUCAGUUUAAGGCUACUGCUAUGGAGCUUAUCUCUGUUCUUGAGCAGAAACAAAAAACUGGUGGGAGGACAAAAGUUCUUUUGGAGACGGUUCCUGUGCACAAAUUGGCAGAUAUUUUUGUUGCAAGCUUUGAGAUAAGCUUUGAAGAGCAGCUAUCCAUGUUGGAUUCUGUUGAUGUGAAAGUUAGAAUUUCAAAAGCUAUUGAGUUAGUUGACAGGCAUUUACAGUCAAUUCGUGUGGCAGAGAAGAUUACACAAAAGGUUGAGGGGCAAUUGUCAAAGUCACAGAAAGAAUUUCUUCUUCGUCAGCAGAUGAGAGCUAUAAAAGAGGAACUUGGUGACAAUGACGAUGAUGAGGAUGAUGUGGCUGCUCUGGAAAGAAAGAUGCAAAGUGCAGGAAUGCCUCCUAAUAUUUGGAAGCAUGCACAGAGGGAAUUAAGGAGACUUAAAAAGAUGCAACCUCAGCAGCCUGGAUAUAAUAGUUCUCGUGUUUACCUGGAGCUUCUUGCUGAUCUACCCUGGCAGAAGGCCAGUGAAGAACAACAUUUGGACUUGAGGGCUGCAAAAGAGCGUCUUGACAGCGACCACUACGGCUUAGUCAAGGUCAAGCAACGAAUAAUUGAAUAUCUAGCUGUCCGCAAGCUCAAACCAGAUGCAAGAGGCCCAGUGUUAUGCUUUGUUGGCCCACCAGGAGUUGGGAAAACAUCAUUAGCAUCAUCCAUUGCUGCUGCUCUUGGCAGAAAAUUUGUACGCAUAUCCCUUGGUGGUGUUAAGGAUGAGGCUGAUAUCAGAGGGCAUAGGAGGACAUAUAUUGGAAGCAUGCCGGGGCGUCUUAUUGAUGGAUUGAAGAGAGUAGCUGUUUGCAAUCCGGUUAUGCUGCUGGAUGAGAUUGACAAGACAGGUUCUGAUGUUCGUGGGGAUCCAGCUUCAGCACUACUUGAGGUUCUUGAUCCUGAACAGAACAAAACAUUCAAUGAUCACUAUUUAAAUGUCCCAUUUGACCUUUCAAAGGUGGUUUUUGUGGCAACUGCAAAUAGGGUACAACCUAUUCCUCCACCACUCUUGGACAGGAUGGAAGUCAUUGAACUGCCUGGGUAUACACCUGAAGAAAAGCUAAAAAUAGCUAUGCAUCACUUAAUUCCACGAGUCUUGGAUCAGCACGGCUUGAGUUCUGAGUUCCUUCAAAUUCCAGAGGCUAUGGUGAAACUUGUCAUUGAGAGGUACACUAGGGAAGCUGGCGUUCGGAAUCUGGAGAGGAACUUAGCUGCCUUGGCUCGUGCAGCUGCUGUAAGAGUUGCAGAGCAAGAACAUACUGUACAACUCAGCAAGGAUAUGCAACGGCUUGGUUCACCACUGAUUGAGAGCAGACUUGCUGAUGGAGCAGAAGUAGAAAUGGAAGUCAUUCCAAUGGGUGUCAAUAAUCAUGAGAUAUCAAGUGGGUUCAGAGUUAGCUCACCUUUGAUUGUUGAUGAAGCUAUGCUGGAAAAAGUAUUAGGGCCCCCAAGGUAUGAUGAUAGAGAAACUGCAGAACGAGUUGCAACUCCUGGGGUUUCUGUUGGGCUGGUUUGGACAACUUUUGGUGGCGAGGUUCAGUUUGUUGAGGCUACAGCAAUGGUGGGAAAGGGUGAUCUACAUCUCACUGGCCAACUUGGUGAUGUUAUUAAAGAAUCAGCUCAGAUAGCACUAACAUGGGUAAGAUCAAGGGCAACGGAACUUAAGUUGGCUGCUGCGCAGGAAAUUAAUCUGUUGGAGGGCCGGGAUAUUCACAUACAUUUUCCUGCUGGGGCAGUGCCCAAGGAUGGGCCCUCAGCAGGUGUGACUCUUGUAACAGCACUGGUUUCGCUGUUCAGUCGUAGAAGAGUAAGAGCAGAUACAGCAAUGACUGGAGAGAUGACCCUGAGGGGUCUAGUAUUACCUGUUGGUGGUGUCAAGGAUAAGGUUUUGGCGGCACACCGAUAUGGUAUCAAGAGAGUGAUCUUACCAGAGAGGAACUUGAAGGACUUAGUUGAAGUACCAUCAGCUGUGCUUGCCAAUCUGGAGAUACUACUUGCUAAGCGUAUGGAAGACGUCCUGGAACAUGCUUUUGAAGGUGGUUGCCCUUGGAGACAACACUCAAAGUUAUGACAGCACCCUGAGGCCUUGUUUAUUUAACAAUUCUCCGGCGAUCGAAUUGUUUAGCUUGUUAUCUCAUGUUUGGGGCAUUCACAUUCGUGCUCAUCAUUCAGCAGCUGAAAGUGGCGAUCGGAGACUAAUGAAUCUGUUAACAACGUCAUCUGGGCACGAAGAGACCCAGUCAUUAACGUCAUCUUGGUUUAAAAUUCCAAAGGAAAUUCCUGGUAUGUAUUAUUCUUUACCCUCAACGAGCUGUAAUUUAGAAAGGGCAAGGAACUGUGCUUAUAUCGCUUUUUCCUUUUUUCAUUUUAAUUAUCAUAGUUUGAUACUCUCGUGUAUAUAUCAUUUUUUUCACUGAGCAAAGAAAUAAUUGCUAGUUGGUUCA